AGCGGUGAUUUGUGAUUUCAUCGACGGUUACUGAUUUCGACGGAACAGCUCGAUGCGGAUCGAGUGCGUUGCGCUUUCGAACGAGGGGGUACUUUUCGCGCGGAUAAGAUCGCGCGCGAUGUCACUAGUGUUGGGGAGAGUUUUCACGAAUAUGUAACUUAUUUGUGAUACACACCUAGCAGUGGUUCUUCGACGACGCGUUCUUACAUUUUAAAUAUAACGGUGUAUAAAUAAGUAUGAGCAAUAGCCAGGAGUGCACAAGCGGAUCUCUCACCGUUAAUUUUUCCAAAGGAUUUACAUACGGUUGACGCGGUUUUUUUAUUCACGUUUGUGACUUGUAGAUGAAUGCACGUCAAAUGCAGUCAGAAUCGAUGGUUUUCUAUUCGAAGUUUACCACAUAUGUUUUUCAUGCGUGGGCAUGCAGCACCGAACUAUCGUCAAGGUUAGUGUGUCUGACAGGCUCUCCAUCGUCCCUCGAUCUUGUAAGCCCGUUUUCAGUGGGUAGCAUUGAGUAGUUGCAAUAGGAAAAUCUGAAAUUCUCCUCAGUUGGACGAUUAAAGGGUAAAUAUAUUGGAUGGACAUAAGCCUCUUCCAUUGCGUGUAACCAUUUAAACAAUGAGGUCUUACCACAUAUCUAUAAAGGCAUAUGUUGAGAAGUAUCGACCAAAUCUAUGUGAAAGACACAUAGUACGUAAUGCUGUUACUUGCAAACUGGUUGCAAAUGUGCAAAGAGCAGCGACUUACUGAAGAUUGCUCGAUCAUCUGUUUAGAUACCUAUAUAAUGCUCCAAGAAUUUUAUAUGUUCGUCGUUGAAUUGGCACAUUUGUGCAAGAUAGGAAUAGCCGUUUCUAUGAGCGCCUCUCGUCCGUUACAUUGUGAUGGAAAGGAUACGAACAGCAAAAGCGGUUCAAAGAGAAUGGCAUAUGAGGUAUUUCUGGGUGGAUCUUGUAAUCCAACCACGUGGAGGUCAGAAAUAGCGAUACCGACUCUUCAGAGCCUCGGAAUUACUUAUUACAAUCCCCAAGUAUCGCAAUGGGGACCAGAACUGAUAGCUCAAGAGUAUGAAGCGAAACAGACGGCGAAAGUGUUACUCUUUGUGAUCGAUAACCAAACGCGCAACAGCGCGGGCAUCAUUGAAGCUGCUCAGUUGGCAGCUACAAGACGCGAGUCUUUAAUCCUAGUUAUUUAUCCAUAUCGUCAGGGUCAAACGAUACUCGGCGAGACUGUAUCCACUCAGGAAUAUCAAGACUUGAUGAAUGGACUGUUGGUACUUGAAUAUCUUAUGGAAAGACAAAGGAUACCGAUAUUCGAGAGUGUAUCAGUUGCUCUUAAUUGUACGCCCAAGGUUCUGCGCGAAGAGGUUAAUGUGCAAGAUCUGCAUUCCGAAGAUGGCAUUAGACCGAUUAAAAUUUCACACAGUCAAAAUGGAAUGGACGCGGUUACGCUAAGGGAGGUUUUCAAGUCCAUGGAUAUUAAUGACAGCGGAACCAUUAAUUUAAGAGAAGCUUGGAUAGCGUUACAAUCGAAUGUCAAAUGCAACUUGUCGGUUUCGGAUCUUCUGAAUGUCGUAAAUAAAUCGGAAACGUAUAGGCCGUUGAUUGACGACGGAUUUCCAGCCAAGAGAGAUCCGAUGGAUUUGCGGAUAAAUUUUGAACAGUUCUGCGCCCUAGCUACCGAAUCAGCUUGGAGGACGAAGACCAACGGCAUUUCUUGUGAAAGUGAGAUACCUUCAGUUUGGAGUAUAUUAUAUAGGAAGGCUUCGAAAUUUCUUCGCCGAGCUAUUGUACAACCUUUUAGCCGUUUCCUAGGUCAUCGCAAGACGCUCGCGGCUCGAUCAGUUUGUGAAAGCGUUCCCGAGAACAGUCAUGUACGAUUCGUGCGACCAUUCAACUUUUUAGAUUGGACCAAUUCCUUCGUGCCUGAAACCGAGAAGAGAGACUUGUACGUUGGAGUAAUCGGGAAAGAUCAAUUUUGGUUAGAAACAACCGCAGCAUCCUCCAUCGAAUCCAUCGGUUUAUCCCUAUACCGACCAAGCCUGAACGAGUACAAUGUAAAGGUAUUGCCACAAGAACUGCAGAGAAUGAAAAAUUCGCGGUUAAUAUUGCUGAUCGUGCCACAGCACUCUCGUGGCAUUACUAUAAUGGCACUGGCAGCUCAUCUGAUUGGAUUGCGCGCAAAACUGGUCCUGUGCGUUCAAACGCUUCCCGAUGAUUGCGUAGUUUCUGGCGAAAAGCUAACCGAACAAGCCAUAAAAGACUACAACCGGGGAAGAAUGUACCUGUCGGACUACGCGACGCGCGAAGGUGUACCUGUUUUUCAGAAUAUCGCAGAUGCUCUGCAACACGCGAUACAGCUAGUUCAAAGUCUUCGUUGACGUUCUUCUUUUUCUAUUUCUUUUUCAUACGAGUAAGCUUUUCGAUUCACCGAUUAAUUUAUUUUUACUCUUAGUAAUGUUCAACUACCAGUCGAGAUUCGUGAUACGAAUAACAUGCGAAAGCAACUGUCAUUCUUGCGCACGAGACGCGACGCCUACGAUAAUCGAUAACGGUUUCACACUGGUUUUUAUCGAGUCACGAUCUGUCGACAUUUUUCCAAAUUUUAAUGGAAUUUCUCGUGAUAGUUGAACAUAUUUUUUUAUAGCAAUUCAACUUGGUAAUUUUGUAACCUUUUAACUGGUUGAGGAUUGAUACACGUGUACUGUAUAUAGAUUAUUAGUUGUUUUUAACGAUCUAAUGAUAAUUAAUUUGAAAUUUGGUAGGAGGAAUAUAUGGGAAUACGUGGAGAACGUUUGGUCGCAUUGAAUGCGCGUGGGUGCAUCCGUGAGUGCGUGGGUGUGAAUGUACGUUACGAGUAUGAAUGUGUACAGGCAGGACAGACGCGUACCUGUACGACGAACAGGCAUCUUAUGUAGCGUUAUCUUACGGUGUUGUAAGCUAUGACGAGUGAUACAGAUGAAUGUGUAAUCCGUGGACAAGAAAAGUAGAAAAUUAUAAUUCUGGACACGUAUAUGUACGUUUCGAUGCGCGACAAAAAAAAAAAACGAAGUCUAGCUAUGUGUAACAUCUUAAAGUCAUUCAACACUCAUCGUUGGAACACUGACCGGCUCAAUACAUUUUUCCUUUCUUUCUUUUAAUAAUUUCGCAACCAUUUUCUUUGUACAAUAAAAAAUAUUAUUGUUUUUA